CACUUCUGGCACUACCGUAAAACAGCCGAGGGGAAGACGAUCGCAAAGAAAUAGUCACGAUGAGAAGCUGAUUGAAGAGUCAGUUGUCGGGCUUGAGUUCUUCCAGCUAUGCGAUCAUCAGGGACGUGAACUUCUUAUUUUGUGUUGUGGAAAAUUACACAAAUUGUGUGUUGCAGAGAUCAAAAGAAAGCUCAGCAACAACCGGAAGGAGUUCAGCCAGCUGAUGAGCCAGCUGACGUAAUUACAUUCCAAUUUUUUCCCAGCUUCCGUUUUUUCCUUCCUCUGCUUGCUUCAACGUUUCAUUAUGGAAGAAACCCAGACUCUUGAAAGUGUGCUAUAUGAGUAGUGAAUGCUAGAACGGCGGAGACAAACAUUUAAUACAGUAGCUCCAUCUCUGAGGACAUGAUGCAGAAGCAAAAGGACAACGAGCUGUCCGCGAUGGAACAUGUGCAAAAACUCGAAGAGUUCAUCAAUUCAACAGAAAUUGAGAAUCUGCAAUCCAUGUCUCAGGCAGAUAAGCUAGAAUACAUUCUUUCAUCAAAGGAUUUUAUGGCCAACAUGGCAGCAGGGCUACUGAUGCAAAAGGACACUGCCAUUUUAGGUGAUGAAGAUGUAAAUUUUGACUCGGAUAUAAAGGGCGAUUUUUCAAGCGCAAAAAACAGUAUUAGCUCAAUUGCAGACUCAAACAUGAACUUUUUAACCAGGUUUUCGAAAGAAGAAAAACUGGAAAUACAAAAAAAAUUGUCCAUCUAUGAUCAUACACUGAAAGCCACCCUAGAUGCAAUAAAAAGUGGGAAGGUCAAAAAUGAACAAGCUUUGCCGCCGCUGUUUCAGAAUUCACCAAUAGAUGCAGAUAUGAACCAGUUAUUGAAAAGCGUGAACAGCAGCAGUGUGAAGAAGUUGAAAGUCAACAAUGAUAUAUCCGUGUCUAUAGAAACUACUUCUGAUUCGCCGAGCAAUGGGCAAAAUCCAAAUUCUCUCCAGUACGAAGCUAAAACGAAAGAGGCAGCCGACAAAUACACAGAACAAAUGAUAAAAAUAAUAAAUCACCACAAGAAAUUUGAUAACUUUUUUGAUGGUGUUCAACAGAUCGAGGAUCCGAGUGAUAGAAGCAAGAAUUUCGAAAAUAAUGAAAAAUAUGGUUCUAGCAGUCAGGACGAGUCGUGUAAGUUGACUUUGGAGUACGAUAAGAAUGGGAAUUUGAUCCACACCGGAAGUGAAGAUGCUCUAAAGACUAAAAUCAAUGCCCAAAUUGUCAAAGCGCUGGAAACAUUGAAAUUAGACUACAAUUUAGAGGAAGAUAUUGCUAGCGCAAUAGCCAAAUCUUUUGAAAAUAAUCAUCAUUUAUUGCCUAAAGCUGAGGAAUCAAAUUUUGCUUCAGAUGAAGAAUUAGAUAAAAAAGGAUUAUCUAUUGACACGUUCACGUCCCAAUUGGAGCAGUAUAAAGAACGCUAUAUGCAACAACUUGAAGGCUUAUCAAAUUCUGCAGAGUUCGGAUCUUACGCCUCAAAAGCCAAUCAGCAUUCUGUACAAAAUUCAUCGGAGCAAUUGCAGAACCAGCAAUUUGAAACUCAACACUCCAGACCACACAAUGCACAACACAAAGAUGAAGAAAGGGAAAGUACUAAUUUGAAAGGUCAAGUCAGGCACGCUAAACAGUCGAAGAUCAACAGGAGUAGACGAGAAACCCCGAAAUUGGAAUAUUACACUGAUCCCACACCUGAGCAGAAACAAAAGUUGCGAAGGGAGUGCAUGGAAAAGCUACGGAUUCAAGAUCUCCAAUUGAAUGAGGAGGUUACAAAAAAAUCAAAGAAAAAGAAAAACAAGAAAAAGAAGAAUUCGAACAACUCUCUCGCUACAAAUGGAAUUGGAAACACAUACAUUGGCAAUUCUCACAGUGAUGCCUGGUUAUGUGAGUUAUGCGAAUACAAAAUUGUUUACGGAGAAAUACCAGUUUUUUUGACCGAGUGGUUACAAAAAAAGGCCAAUCACCACGAGAAAAUGGAAACGUACCAGCGGUAUUUAUUGGAGCAAAGAAAAGAGAGAAAACUUCAACAGAAUAGAGCCCGUCCCGAUUGCCAAAAUCCGAACCAUCAGCACGAGCAUGACGGUGGAUGUAGCCAUAGUCACACACACAACCACCAUUUGGAGCAACAUCAUGGAAAUUGCCAUCCUCAUGAUGAAGUUCUUUCAGCCCAUGAAUCCCUUUCGUUCUCUCCACCCCCACCACCACCUCCACCACCGCCACCUUCAAGUUCAAUUACUUGGUGAGGGUAACUUUGGAAAGAAUUUUAGUUCUCAGGAUAUGUAAAAGCCCUGUUUGUUUCUAUGUACUGCUCAUGCUCUUAAAUUUUAGAAAAUGUGUAGGACUUGAUUGUUUAGUGUUCGGCUCAUCUCAAAGGUAUCCGAGAUGCCCUAAUAAAUAGGCAUUUUCACAUUUAAUGCUCUAAUGCGUCAAAAAGAUUGUCUCACUCUUAUUUUUCUCGCUUUUUUUAGAAUAAUUCACAAUUUUUU